GUUGCCCUGUCAAUACAUAAUUAACGAGCUCCGUGUUUUUUAUCAACAUUUAUUUAAUAAACAUAACUUAAUCUAUCAUAAAAGUGCUGAAAAACUGUUGUGAUGUGAAAAUCAGUAAAGUGAAAUAACAAAACUGCUUAAAACAAGGCGCCGUGUAAAUAUAUAGUGUUGUUUACAGUGUACAUAAAUUUGAACUUCAACUGACAAUAAUAUACUCGCAUAAACCUAUUUGAGACCGUAAAACUUUACUAAGUGUCUAUAAAUAUACAGUGGUUAUCUCAAAAACUGAAAGAAAAACAAGUUUUUUUACUAAAAGAUUUUCACUUUUAAAUACAAACAGUGAUUGUUUUAAAAAAACAGUUUAUCAUGUAUCAAUAAGUACGCGCAACGCCAUCUACUGACUGAUAGCGAAUCUAUUUUACGAAAUCACAAUUGUGUCAAUAAGUACGAGCAACGCCAUCUACUGACUGAUCGCGAACCUAUUUCACGAAAUCACAGUGACUAUAUACUAACGCUGCAACGGGGGACUUUUAACUGGCAAAAUAUUUUUAAUGUCUAACAGUAGAGGGAACUAGGAGUACCGUCAAUGACACAUAAACAUUAUUACUGCUUAGUGCCGACUUCUUGCGUCGGCCGCUGCAGCUUGGUAACCAGAGAACAUUUUAAAUUUGGAACAAUAUUAUAAUUGAAAAUGGCCAACAAAUGUGCUGGGUGCGGAAAAUUCAUGAACCCGUCCGAAGGGGCUUCGUGCUCUUCAUGCAAGAGUAUUUUCCAUAAUGUGUGCGUAGGCAUACAAGAGAAAACCAGAUUACCAGCCGGCUGGACGUGCCCGGACUGUAAAGCGAAACGGCCGAGGAAAAAUAACGACGACACCCCGGUGAAAACGACCGCGGCGCGCGAGCUUGUGCCAGACACAGCCGGCGAAGGUCGGCAUAGCCCGGCGAGUGGGGUUAUCGGUAAUAGAGCAGGAGACAGCUCCAUGGCCGAAGAAUUGAGGCUAUUCCGAGACACGUUCAAGGAAGAAAUUGGAGCCUUGCGUAAAGAAAUGCAGGAGAUAAGAAGAGAGCUCUCAAACGUCUCAGCCUCCUUAUUACGCUGUGACAAGCGAAUCGAUAAUCUGGAGUCGAGGUUUAUCAACGCACAGAAGGAAAAUAACAAACGUAUGGAGGAAUUGGAGGGGAAAAUCGUCACCCAAUCGGAUACUCGUGCUAAUAAUAAUAAUAAUAUGGAUAGCACCAUCGCUCAACUGAAAUCCGAACUAAAUGACAGAGACCAAGAGCUCCUCCUCAACGAUGUUGAAAUAACUAGCAUACCGGAGGAGAAAAUGGAGAACACGGCCCACGUAGCCUCUUUAAUAGCUGUCAAACUGGGGGUUAAAAUUGGAGAGGGAGACAUUGUGAAGGCGGAGCGCGUAGGCCCCGCACGCGCAGGCCGAGAGGAUGCCGCGCGCCCGAUCGUUGUGCGGCUGGUGCGGCGCGCACUACGCGACGAGUUGUUGAAGGCAGCGCGCGUGCGGCGAGGGGCCACCACCGCAGACAUGGGGCUCCCGGGUUCGCCACGACGCUUCUAUGUGAAUGAGCGGCUAACCAAAACUAACCGACAAUUAUUCAACAACGCGCGAGCGACGGCGAAGAAGUGCCGGUGGAAAUAUACGUGGACAAGAGAUGGCCGGAUUUAUGCUAGAAAGAGCGAGGGCCAAUCAGGGCUCCGAAUUAGGACAGAACAAGAUAUUUUUCGUGUCUUUGGUACCGACAAAGUCGAUACAAAUUGUUAGGAGUUUAUAUUGCUAUUAUAUUUACAUAAUUAUAUUUAUAAUUGUAUAUGUUAUAUUUAGUAGUUUAUAUAUUUUAUUUACAA